AUGGCGAGAUGCCAAUGGCGAGACGCCGACGGCAAUACGCCGACGGCAAGGCGCCGACGGCAAGGCGCCGAUGGCAAGGCGCCGACGGCAAGGCGCCGACGGCAAGGCGCCGACGGCAAGGCGGCCGACGGCGAGGCGGCCGACGGCAAAGCGGCCGACGGCGAGGCGGCCGACGGCAAAGCGGCCGACGGCGAGGCGGCCGACGGCAAAGCGGCCGACGGCAAAGCGGCCGACGGCGAGGCGGCCGACGGCAAAGCGGCCGACGGCGAGGCGGCCGACGGCGAGGCGGCCGACGGCAAAGCGGCCGACGGCGAGGCGGCCGACGGCGAGGCGGCCGACGGCGAGGCGGCCGACGGCGAGGCGGCCGACGGCGAGGCGGCCGACGGCGAGGCGGCCGACGGCGAGGCGGCAUACGGCGAGGCGGCCGACGGCGAGGCGGCCGACCUAGUUGAAACCCUACGGAUACGUGUUGUCCUGUUGGAAGUCCUCGCCCAGGCUCGCUCAGACCGGUGGCGGGAACGGGCGGGAGGGUCCACAGCAGCUUCUCAGGGCGCCGCGCAGCUGUUCAGGCUUCCUCAUUUGCUGGUCAUAUGUAGGAAACUAGCAGCUUUUACGGACGCACCAGAGCUGGAACAGGCCGAAAAGAAGGGCUCAAACGUUGGGUGA